AUGAGCGGAGCGGUUGCCAUCAAAGCCCUACACAGCGCAACCACGGCCAGCGCCCCUAUAAAGCUCUUGAAGGGCGAGGACGAAGAAACACAGUCCAUCAAGGAUGCUAGCCAUGUCAAGUUCGGGGACUCAUCCAUAUUUGAGCUUGACUCCAUCACCAAUUUCUACAAUGAAGAGCAGCCCCAAAGCUUGAGAGCAGUGGUGUUUUGCUGGCUCCAUGACAAGUCAUCCAUCGUGGACUACAAAAACGAAUGUUUGGAAAACGGCAUAGCUGACUUCAAAUUCUUGGUAAAGACCGAGUUGAACACUUGGUUGAAUGGAAAUUCCGACUCCUGUACCUUCGUGAAGGACGAGGUGGAGCAGAACCCGGUGACAGCCGAAGAAUCCCAACAGACGGAGGCCAGUGCUGGUAAAAAACAUAAGCUCGAGGAUCCAAAGAUAGAGCGAAUUUCCGGGUACGAAAGAGAAUCCAUAGACCACAACGCAGCCUUGAGAGGAAGUAAAAACAUUGACUUCGGAUACCUAGUCUCGGAUGCCAAGCGCUUGAUCAGCCAGCUCAAGCGUUCCAAGCCUAACACCCAAUCCAAGGCCUCCUCCUCCACCGCCCAAAAGAAACAGCCAAUCAUUAUUGUAUCACCAGCAACGACCUCGUUGUUAUCCUUGUCUAACAUCAAAGAAUUCUUUGAAGAAGGAAGAUUCACCGAGCCCAACCCAACCAACAAGCCAAGUGGUGGUUUGGUUACCUUGACACACAAAUCCGAUAGACUCAUCCCUUCUGCCCAACAAAUCAUGGUGGUGGAUAAUGUUGAGAUGUUCACCAAGCCUGAGUACUGGGACAGAGUUAUUGCCAUCUUCACCACCGGUCAAGCCUGGCAAUUUGCCAAGUAUAAAUACUCCAAGCCUGAGCUCUUGUUUCAAAAAUAUGCUGGUUUCUACGUCAGCUACCAGGGAGAACCUACUCCUUCUAAAAUCAGGGAAUGGAACAUCUCGCAAAUAAGUGUGGAUAGAGGAGAGAAAAGAUUCAGAGACAAGAUGAUAGUGAGAGACUUCUGGGCUGAUAUUGAUAAAAUCUUGAUUGCCAAAGGUUAUGGUAAGCAAUGA